AUGGUUGAAACAAAUCAGCGUUCUGCAUGGAGGGGCUGGUUUGAUAAUCCCGUCAACAAUCAGGCCAUGCGCUUCGGUAAUUUGCAAAGCUGGGCAUCAGAACUAGGCACCAACAUCCGCAAUCUGUACGUCUACGUUCACGGUGUGUGUGUCCAGAUCUGCGGCUCUCUGGCUGUCUGUCUGUCUGUCUGUGAUUGGUCUCUUCGCCACAACUUAUUGCCAGAUGUGGUGCUUGAACGUAUUCCGCUCUUCGACCAGAUGAUUGUCAACAGCUACCAGAUAGGCGAUGGCAUUAAGGCACACGUGGAUCUUGCUAGAUUUGCCGACGGCAUCGCUGUAGUAUCUCUAGGCUGUCCGUGUGAUAUGCAGUUCACCAGAACUCUCCCGGCCACAGAGAGCGACGGACCUCACACUCACACGGGAAGAGCGGAGGGCCAACCCAGCGAUCCCCCACGCCUACACUCCCAUCGCGUUAAUGGGGUGCCACUUGGUAGUGUACGGCAGAGUCUUUCUGACAAGCAAAUGAGCACAGAUACAACUGCCAGUAUAGACGAUAGCACUGGCGCAUGCACGAGUAGCGGAACCGAAUCUGUUGUUAUGCGUCUUUGUCCAGGUGACUUGCUGAUCUUGUCGGAGGAUGCGCGAUAUACGUGGGCGCACGGAAUCGACAGGGUCACUGAAGGCCACCGAAUCUCACUCACAUUGCGAUCGGUUAAGACAGAUAGCCGCACGCUGACCUGUCCAUCAGAGUAG